AUGUGGGAUUCAGAGGAGUUCAGUUGCCGUGACUGCCACAUGGCUUUCCGGUCGGGGGGGCUCCUGGACAAGCACAAAGCUCGCUUCUGCCUGGGGAGUGAUAUCGGAGACCCGGCCGUGCUGCGACGGGGUCGCGUGGAGUUCGCCCAACCCGAGAGGAGCACCUGGAGGGGGCCGGGGCCCUGCCGGACCCGCACCCCUGACCUUAUCAGUCUGAGAGCGGAGCAUCUGAGGCAGAGCAAGGCCGGGGACGAGGGGGGUGACCCCCAGGGCAGCACGACUGACAGCGUUGCUCUGACAAGACUCACCAAUGAGAGUGUUGCAGCGGUCCCGGAGGUGUCUCAGAUGUCUCAGGCGGGCCGUGGGGAGAGGCUGAGAGAGAUGGCGGAGCAGCACGGCCACCAGCUGGCUGAGAUCAGGGCCCACACUGGCCACCUGGAGCAGCAGAAGCAGGAGAUUGAACAGCGAUUGGCUGCAUUUGCUGGACUGAGUGGUACGGCUCAUCUGGAGGGUCUGCUGCAGGAGUUGAGGGAGCAGGAGGAGAGGAAUGAGGAGGCCCUGCAACACCUCAGGACACAGAUCAGCCUUCUGCAGCCACAACAGCAGGGAGCCAAAGACGCGGAUGCUCCCCCAGACUCCCCUGAAGACAGAAGGCCACAGCAUGUUACUUUUGACCUCAUAUCCUCUGUGGAUGGACCGCUCUCCAACCAAAUAAGGUCUCUGAGGUUAGCUUACAUGCAGUCGGGUGGUUCCGAGCCGGAGAUUCUGGCCCAGAUGCACGACCUGCAGGCAGAGGCUCACACGCUGGAGCAGGGCCAGCGUAAAGAAGAGCACAAGAGCAGCAAGAGAAGAGUAAAAGUCCAUCCGCAGGCCGUGGGUUCGGAGCUGACCUCACUGGAGUCGGACAAUCGGCAACUAGAAGAGGAGAUCUUCAGGAUCCAGCUGCUCAGGCAGAGGCAUCGAGGGGAAGAAGUAGCAGGUGCAGAGUUCCAGCUGAUGCAGAGGCAGCAGCUGGCAGGCCUGCAGGGGGAGAUAGAGAGCCUGCGGCGUGAGGUGGCGAGGACCAGGGCGAACCGCCAAGCCCCUCCACCCCCACCACCACCCCUCUUUCCUGGAGGACCAGGAGCUCAGCUACACCCCCCUGCUACUCUGGAGCAGCGUAAGGCACAGACCCCCCUGCUCACUCGACGUCUCCUGAACCUCCAUGAUCCACUGGGGCCUGCUCCAUAUGACCCUGCAGGUGGCUUUGUGAUUUUCUAUGAUAUGGUGGUUGGUGUGAAUGCCACCCUCACAGCGCUGCGUCUGGUGGUAGGGCUCUUCUGUCUGGGCCAGGAGCUGGGUCACCCCACCCCCCUGCCCCCUGUGCAGUGCCAACCUGCUGGGUCUCUGCCUUACCCCUACAGCAUGCCCGCUGGCAACUAUGCCAUCCUGUCUGCCAAGCAGCCAGUGCCCAGGAUCCAGCCGUCCCCGUCACUUUCCUUGCUGGUGGAGGUUCAGGCAGCUGGAGGUGUGGACCCGUAUGGCCAGGACCUGGUGUCCCAUGGGUGGACACGGCUGCAGCUCUUUGACCAGCACAACCAGGUGCUGAGUGGCCACUGGAGGGUGCCCAUUAGGAUCCUACCUGUGAAACCAUCCCUGUCAUCUGGACAGCUCAACUCCGUGUCUCAGCUCGGUAAUAUGGAGUUAUGCCUGAGAGUGACAAAUGCGCGUGAUGGUGAGGUUCAGUCUCUUGCUAGAAUUGAUCCAAGUGACACCAGCCACUACAAGUACCCUGCCUUGGCCCCUGGAGCAUAUGGAGGGAGUGCACCACUUCAUCUGACAGCACUGCAGCUUUCCUCCAAUUCUGCUCUCUCUGCUCCUUCCUCUAUCGAUCAGGCGGACCCUCCCGCUGGGGAGGUGUCCAGUCAGAGCGCUGGCUGUUGCAUUUGUCGGACUGCAGUGAUCUAGAAUCUGUGCGAGAGAAGGAGAGGAAGAUGGACGGGUUUGGAGUCAUCAUAGACAGGGUGAAGGGGGCCGCACCAGGACAAGGCAGUGUCAGACUGACCGGCUACAGUCUCACCUCUGGACAGGUCAUCAUGUGCGGACUAUCUGCAGUGCACUGCUCCACCUCCACAGUGUCUUCC